AGUCGUUCGGGGAGGGUGACCUGUUUUCAUUUGCUGUCAAAGACUACAUGUGGGACCUCCAACCUUUUUUUAAAGGGUUUUUUUACGUCUGUUUUCGCCCACUAGCCGAGCAGUAGUGUGUCUGCCCCCCUGCAUCCACAUGGCUCAUGUCUUCGUCUACGGCACCUUGAAGAAGGGGCAGCCCAACUUCUACCGUAUGUUUGACCGAGCCAAUGGUAAGACAGAGUUCCUCGCCUCAGCCUGCACCACCCAGAAAUACCCACUAGUGAUCGCCAGCAAGUACAACAUUCCUUUCCUCCUCAACAUCCCCGGCCAGGGCCACCGAGUCCAAGGAGAGAUCUACAAAGUGGACUAUCAGAUGUUGAAAUUCCUGGACGCCUUCGAAAAGGUUCCCACCAUGUACCAGCGGACUUUGGUCGAGCUGGAGGUGAAGGAGUGGGUGGGGGAGGCAGAGGGAGAGGAGAGGGCGUCGGCAGGAAGCAUCACAAAGGCGUUCGUGUACAUCGCGACAGAGUACCAGCCUGACUGGCCCUCGCGGCCCAACUAUGAGAGCUACGACUCUUAUGGGGAUCACGGGCUCGAGUACGUGAUCAGAGAAGCACGAGACUGAUCGCUGGAAUAGGAAGAGAAAAUAUGAUCCACAAAGUCUUCUACCUAUACAUAUCUCUCUCCAUGUAUAGUCAGUGGUGCGGGUGGAGGAUAUCUGUCAGAGAAUACACUCCUCAGCAGAGGUCCAAUAAUGCUGUUUUUUUUUUAAGGAACACAGCCUAAACAGACAUAACCACAACCGAUGCAGUCACAUAUGUUUGCAGAUCUUUCAUUGAUUGGUCUCAUUGUAAAUGUGGUUUAAAAAAAGCAUUCAUCAUACUUCUUUGCAUGUUUUUACUUUAAAACCAUACCGUUGUGCGUGCUGAAAGGCCAAACGCAUUUCAGGAACAGCAUAUUAUGUUGUAAAAUGAAUUUAGUGUCACACCUAAAAGUGGUAUGUUUACCUCUUUCUGUUCAUUCUUGAGCUUUGCUAUAUUUGCUGAGAAUUACCUGCAGCCUGUCUGACAGUCAGUGGCGAGCAUUCGUUCAUGUUAAUCCUGUUUUCUUGUAUGGUUUUAGUAGAAAAAUGUGUCACUGGAGAUGUGAAAAACCCUUCACAGCAAUGUCACUGAAUCCGUGUUAUUGCUAUAAAACUAAAGAAACUUUGUUGGUUUCCUGACAGAAAUAAAGCUGCGUGAUAGAUUUCUUUAUCCAGACCUGUGAGGCUUCAUUCUGAGGCUGGUUUUAGUAACAAGAAAAACACGUCCUAGAACUGUGAGCUUUCAAGACACUGUUGGAGAUGGCCUCUUGUUUAUAUACCUCCUGUGUUUUACCCAUGAUUACACGCUGCUUUUCUUUUAUAUUUGAGUUUCCCUGUUUCAUGUUGUCAUGAUCCCAGCUGUUGUUCUGUCCUUAUGAAAACGAGAUAGAAACAAAACACAUACUUUUUGCCUCAUUUUUCUUUCAUAUGAACAAUCUUUUCUCAUCUUUAUUUAGAAUAGUAAAAUCCAGAAAACUGGAAUAAUACAGAAGAGAAGGUAUUUGGCAAACGGACCAGUGAAAUCUCUGUUGGCGUUGGAAGCAGUUUGGAUUUGUCCUUCUAAAUAAAAGCAAAACUUACAGAAAAGCAAUAAUAAAGAACAUUUCACAGUGUAUCAAAGUACUGUACAAAAAGUUACCUUACAAAAAGGAAAAGUCGGAUGUUUUCUAAUCGUGUCCAAACUGGCAUCACAUUUAAUUCAUCUGAUUUCAGACAAACAAAAAUACUCUCGUCACCAUGAGUGUGUUCACAUGCACACAGGUUUCCACAUAUAGUUUAAAAUCCUGGUUUAGGUCUUGUUCCUUUUCUGUACAUUUUUCAUCGUCAUCUCAAAUGUUACACAGGAAUAUUUACCAAGGAGACAUGUAAAAUGCAAAAACAACACGGUGCACAAACUCGUGCUUCAGUGUCCCGAAUACUUCUGGUUCUUCAGGCUCAUCACAAAGAUAAAACAGGACACGUCAUUGAGGUGAUUCUUAAAUCCAUACGUGUGCAUGUGAACAACACUCAAAGUCAAAAACAGUUAUGUAAAGGAAAACAUUGCCAGUGAGACUUUCUGCUGCCAGUUUGGCGCAGAAAAAAAAGUAAAUUAUGAAUACCAUCGUGGACCACUGCCAUCGCAGACAGUUUGUCUCUAAUUAGACACUAGCGGUGCAGAAGUAGGAGGGUGGAGGUGAAGUGGGAGGACCUCUGGCAGAUGUGUGUGUGUGAAUCAACCAUUCAGAGGUAUUCAUUAGUGUGGAUUCUUUCUGGUGUUUGUGCAGCCUGAAGCCUGGAUCUCCAUCCAGGCGAGAGUCUCUAUGCAGCAGGGGGAGAGCUGAGGGAGGCGGGGUCGUCAGUAAAGGUCUUUCCUGGUGCUCGGCAGCGAGCGGCUGGCAGAGCAGGUGGCGCUGCGGAUCACCUCCAUCCACCUGGAGACAAGCAAAAUGAAAAGCACGACAGAUUUACAGCCGUUGGCACUGAACGUUUGUAAGAGUCAGUUCAAUACAUGUAAGUCUUUGGUAAGAUGUCAUUAUAUAUUAUAUAUGUGCAGUUUAUGUAGAUUUUGAGUAGGAUUACACUCAGCUAUUAUUCUGUCUAACAAAUAGAAUCACUCACAUGCUCCUGAUAUGAUGUCAAAAUAAAG